UACUACAUCAAGGAGUCGAAAGGAAGCAAGAGGUGGCUGCUGUUUUUAGAGGGUGGAUGGUACUGUUUCAACAGGCAGACCUGUGUCAGCAGGUAUGAGACCAUGAGGAGAUUGAUGAGCUCCACCGAGUGGCCACAAACCAGGACAGGAACAGGAAUUCUGUCUCCUCAGCCAGAAGAAAACCCACACUGGUGGAACGCCAACAUGGUGUUCAUCCCAUACUGCUCCAGUGACGUGUGGAGCGGAGCCACCCCAAAGACACAUCACAGUGACUAUGCGUUCAUGGGGUCACUGAUCAUAAAGGAGGUGGUGAACGAGCUGCUGACAAAAGGUCUGGACAACGCCAAGGUUCUCCUUCUGGCAGGAAGCAGUGCGGGUGGCACAGGGGUCCUGCUGAACGUGGACCAUGUUGCUGAGCAGCUGCAGUCACAGGGCUACACAGAGGUGCAGGUGAGGGGCCUGGCUGACUCCGGAUGGUUCCUGGACAACAAACAGUACAAAUUCACAGAAUGCCUGGACACCAUCAGCUGUGCCCCCACUGAGGCCAUAAAGAGAGGUGUCAGGUACUGGGGCGGACUGGUGCCUGAAAGCUGCAGACAGGCCCAUGUUGGAGAGGAGUGGAACUGUUUCUUUGGAUAUAAAGUUUACCCCUCGUUAAAAAGCCCAGUGUUCGUGGUGCAGUGGCUGUUUGAUGAGGCCCAGCUGACUGUCGACAACAUCCACCUGACGGGACAACCCGUCCACGAGGGCCAGUGGAGGUACAUAGAGACCCUGGGGCAGGAGCUGAGGAGCACGCUGCGGGAAGUGCCGGCGAUGUUCGCUCCGGCCUGCUUGUCUCAUGAGCUCAUUACCAGAAGUUACUGGAUGGACAUUCAGGUAAAGGGCACCUCCCUGCCCCGUGCCCUCCACUGCUGGGACCGCAGCCUCCAGGACAACCUCCACAUGAACAGUAGCCAUGGCAACCAUAGCCACCACAGGCACAAGACCCCGCCCCUGAGGGGUUGCCCCCAGCAUCUGAUCGACAGCUGCCCGUGGCCUCACUGUAACCCGACCUGCCCGACCAUCCGGGACCAGCUGACUGGGCAGGAGAUGAGCGUGAUCCAGUUCCUGAAGCACAUGGGCUUCGAUGUGCAGAAGAUGGCUCAGCAGCAGGGCAUGGACCCCAGGAGGCUGCUGGGAAUUCUAAACAAUGGGAACUGAGCAAAGCCACACGAGGAAAAGGACUGAACAUAAAUGGAAGACACAAGCAAAACUCUGAUGAGAAAACUGUCAGUUCUUCCAAACUACAAAUUAAAUUGACUCAGCAUUUGAAAAACUGAGCACCUCAAAAACUCUCAAGUGCCUCAUGAGUUUUAAACACAUAGAUAUGCCAUUAUUGUGAGGUGUAACCAGAUACAAUGAAACCUGGGCACAGUGUGUGUGUGUGUGUGCGUGUGUAAUGUAAAAUCAUGAUGUGUAUAUGCAGAUGAAGCCCAUGGUAAUAAUCUGAAAUAGUCUGAUGAUUUUCGUUGGGGAGGCACCGGACUGAAAACACCUCUCAGUUUGUGUUGUGAGGAUUGGGUGCUUUCUUCUGUCAUCUCUAAAAAUCACCAUCAGAAAUCCAUCUGUGGUGCUGCUGUUUCUACCCUCCACCAAAUAUGCUGCUUUUUCUCAUUUUGAAAAAAUAAUUUAAUGGGUAAUAUUUACAAAUAAAAGGUACAAAGAGGUAUUAUUCUUCUUCAGGCUACUUCAAGGCGCUUGUGUAUUUAUUUUUCAACUGAAAAUAUAU